GGAAGUUCAAAGUGUGCAGACGCGUCGAUCUUACAGAUGAGUUCAUGAAGCCUUAACCUAGCAAAACAUAGUUCAUCCUGACCCAGCGGGUUUCUCGGCGUUCCGGAUGUCCGAGGAGGAGGGAGAUAGGUGAUAAAAAAUGGACGACCCUGUAACUGAGCUGGAACCGGAGAUUGAGAAAUGGACGAAGGAGGAGGUGUGUCAGUGGUUGACAACUCGGGUCAAAGUCAGCCCGACUGUCACUCACAGGUUCUUUGAGGGAGAGGUAUUAGGAGAGUAUAUCAAGUACUUUGACAAGGGCGACAUUUUGGAUCUGACCAAAGAACACGGCACUGCUGUUAAAGUUACAGCACACCUGGAACUGUUGAAGCAAGGCCGCACCUUUCAGUCUCCGUUUCCAGAGUACGUGGAGCGAUGGAGCAGGGAGCAGGUCUACCAGUGGAUCACAGAGCACGCACAGAUAGAUGGCAAACACGCAGAUCAGCUCCUAGAGGGACGCGUCUCUGGGGACUGUCUGGUGUGUUUCCAGAAGCAGGACUUUCUAGACCUAAAAGUACCCACUGGUCCUGCUGUGAAGAUUCUGGCAUUGCUUCGAGGUUUGAAGAACAAUCCUGAACCUGUCCUGAAUGCCGCCGUGAACACCAGCACAUCCCAAGAAGAGGCUGCUACAUCCUCACAGCCUCGCUCGAGGAAGAAACCCCAUAAAAAGGGCAAGAAGGCCAGCGAGGCGGCGAUCCCAACGCUGCAGAAGACGGAGACCCCCAGGAGAGAGGCCCCCAGGACAGAGGCCCCCAGGAGAGAGGCCCCCAGGACAGAGGCCCCCAGGACAGUGACCCCCUGGACAGAGACCCCCAGGACAGAGGCUCCCAGGAGAGAGGCCCCCAGGACAGAGAGCACCAGGACAGAGGCCCCCAGGAGAGAGACCGCCUGGAAAGAGGCCCCCAGGAGAGAGGCCCCCAGGACAGAGACCCCCAGGACAGAGGCCCCCUGGACACCGACCACAGCCCCAUUGCACGCUAGAGAUCCGGGGCCACCGGACCCAGUCCAACUGCACCCUGCGCUACCUUUGCUCCUGGGAAUCCUGGAAGAUCUGGGGAAGGGUGAUCUGAAGAAGUUCAGAUUCCAUCUAAGAGAGCUAAGGAUGUGCUCCAAUGAUGCCAUCCCCCAGAGCCGGCUGGAAGACAAGGACCGCACAGACCUGGCUGACGUCAUGCUACAACACUACGGACCGGACACGGCGCUGCAGGCCAUGCUGCGGGUUCUACCGAUGAUCCCUCGCCAAGAUCUUAAGGAAGGCCUGAAAAAGAAGAUGGGUCGACUGAAGCAGCAGUGUGGCCCAAAGGACGGUUUGAGGAGAGAAGCCAACCAGGGGGAGAAGCUGAAUAACUUGCUAACUUGUGGAGGGAACUCUCUUGGCUUCUAUAAUGAAUAUGUUGUAGUUGUGAAUAAGAGCGCUCCACAACAGUUGGAGUAUCUCGAGUUUUUGAAGACGUUGAAAUUGUUCUGUGUUCUAGACUUCGACCCAAACUCGGCAGCUAUCGACGGACUCUGUCAUUCCUACGGAGAAUCUCGGGUGGCCAAUAAGCAUGACCCAGCUCUCUUUGUGGGAGAGACCGGGGAUGUGAUUAAGAAACUGAACCUUUACAAACAGACCAGCUGGGUGUUCUGCAAUGGACGAGAGGACCUUGACAGUGAGUCCUGCAAGGUGUUGGACUACAAGACUUGGUUAAGAACAGCAUGUAGAGAUGUGGAGCAAUUGGUUUCAUUUGUUUGUAAACCAGAAGUUCUCUUACAGGGCAGAACUCUCAUUAUCUUUCUUCUGCUUUCCCCCGUGUUGACUGAGAAAGACCCCAUCUUCGAUACGUACAACGCCUUCUAUAAAAACACAGAAGGAGAGAACAUUAUCAGUAUCUGUGAGUCUCCAAGCACGUUUGAGAAGUGGAGGCUGAUGGUGGAGGGGAAGUGUGACAGUGACAUCAGCCAGCAGGCGGUAUGGGAGCUGAGCCUGAGUGAGAUCAAUGGUACCGUGAAGGCUCUGGGACCCUUGGAUCAGUCAUCUGAUAGGCUACUUCCAUCGUCUGACUCUUCCUUUGUUGUUCUGACCCAGAAGCAGAAAGACCUGAUGACUGCUCUUGAUAUUUUGUGUCUGAAUCAAUGUGAGAAAAUGUACGAUGAACACAGCACAGUGUUCCGUGAUUUUAAAAUCAGAGUUGAAGCAGAAUUUUUCAGAGGUGGUAAAGUGAAAUGGUGGAACUUUUAUCUUUGUGAAAAGCCCAAAGCAAAGCCAUUCAUCAAAAGAGACAAAUAUGAAAAGCUGAAGCAAAUGAUCAAAUCUCAAUCAGAUCAAUCUGUAGACGUGUGUACACUGCUGAACCUCUUUCACCAUCCCGGGUGUGGUGGCACCACCCUAGCCAUGCAUGUAAUGUGGGGCCUCCGUCAGCACUUCAGAUGUGCAGUUUUAAAAGACAACACUUUGCCGCACCCAGAGAUCGCCAUUCAGGUCAGAGAGUUAAUGAUGUUGAAAAAUGAGAAACCAUCUCCAGUUCUGCUGCUGGUUGAUGAUUCAAAGGACACUGUGAAUGCACAAAAUCUUGUGACCUGCAUCAAAAUAGCCAUUGAGGAGAGCUGCUUAAGCCGAACUAUUGACGCACCAAGCUGCCACAUUAUAAUACUUAACUGUGUUCGUUCUCAAAGCCCACAGGACCUCUACCGUCAACGCUCCAAACCAAGUCUGUUUAUCACUAGUUCCAUUACACCCAAAGAACAGGUGGAAUUUGAGGAAAAGCUUCUAGAGCUCAGAGAUACUCAUACAAAACCGGAAAACUUUUACAGCUUCAUGAUCAUGAAGAGUAACUUCGACCCUAAAUAUGUUGAAGGUCUUGUUCAUAAUACCCUGGAAAACUUUGAUUUAAGCACAAAGAAGGCACAACUUUUUGCCUUUCUUUCAUUAUUAAAAACGUACGUGUUUGAUUCGGAAAUCUCAAUCUCACUCUCCGAAGAGUAUCUGGGACUUAAAAUGUUCAAGUGGAAUGAAGACAAUGUUCUGGAGGGAAUGAAGCCAUAUUCAAACUUUCUCAUCAUAGACCAAGAGGAAGAAUGGGGAGGGUAUAAAUUCCUGCGCAUCCUGCAUCACUCCAUUGCAUCUGCCUGCAUUGAAGAGCUGGAGAGGACAUACCUCGUGAAAGCGAGUGACAUAAUCAUGUCCAUACUUCAUUGUGAUCUGUUUUUCACAACCACACCAAAAAUCGGCAAAGGAAAUCUAGAACGAUCCAUUCAACGUAUGCUGAUUCAACGGCAAAGCAGAAAAGAUGGGGAUGAAAGAGAUACAUUUUCUCCCCUCAUAGAGAAAAUUCAUAAACAGCAGGGUAAAGGAAUGAUCCAAGAUAUCUUUACUAAAGCAUCUUCCCGGUUGGUUGAAAGUGCUUCUAUUCCACAGGCGCUGGCAAGGUACUUUUACCUCAAUGAGCGUGAUUUUACGGAGGCGUUGAAUUGGGCAGAAAAGGCAAAGAAAAUCAGAGAAAAUUCCUAUACCGUAAAUAUGAUUGGACAAGUGUACAAGAACCAACUAAAAUCCAACAUACCAAGUAAAAAGAAUGGUCCACCUUGUAGUCCAGAAGACUUGGACGCAAAUAUUAAUUUAUCAAAGAAGGCUGUCACUGCUUUUAAAAGAGCAGAACAGCUGUCAAACACAGACGAACUGAAUGAGGCACCGUGGGAUGAUGAUGAAUCCGAGGACAACGCUGCCAAAUCAUCAUACAACUUCUUUAGCUAUGUGGGGGUGCUGAAGGUGGCUUUUUUGGUCUUUGAAAUUACCAUUCUUACCGUUCUUUGAGGAGAGUGACCCAUUGAGAAAAAAGUACCUGCAGAAUUUUCUAAAAGAAAGUCUCCCCAUCACUAGUGUGCACAUGGAAGAUAAUGAAGUCAACAACCGUUAUACUCAAGUCAUUGAAGCCCAUAAGCUGUUUCUCAUUAGUCUCAAACCUGAGUUAAAACUAACAUUUGAAAUCCUUGAUUGCUACUUCACAUACCUAAAGGCAAACAAUUCAGGAAAAUAUGAUUCAAAAAUUCGUCUGAACAUUUCUGAUCACUUUAAAAAGUAUGUUAUGCUUUUUUGUGCUUCACCUGAGGAAAGACAACGAGAAAGAGACUGCAAUCCAAACCUCAAUGUUAAGAUGCUGGUUGAAGAACGGAGAACAGUGCUUGAGGAGAUGCAUGCUGACACUUUUACUGGGAU